UCUUCAAGACAAAAUAAUUUUGUCACUAACACUUGCAUCAGACAGAGAACACAGUACACUAGAUAAUAUGCUAGAUACACUAUCACAGAUAGCAUGCUGGAUUUAACAAAAGGUACUAGAAAAUGGUAGGGGCAGAAGAAGUCUGUUGAGUGUUGACGUACUUGUUUAUCUUUCAGAUCAAGCUAAGAAGAAGCCGUUAGGUAUCAUCGUCGCGUCUGCAAUACUUGUGGGAAUGCUUGUAGUGAGAAUUAUCGUUUGCAUACAAAGAAGGAAAAAGAGUAUGCAAGGGAACAUUGCUUGCUAGGCAAGAAAUAGCAGUGAAAAGGCUUUCAAAAAGUUCUGGACAGGGGCAAACUGAGUUCAAAACUGAAGUUAUCUUGAUCUCCAAACUUCAGCACAGAAAUCUUGUUAAACUUCUUGGAUGUUGCAUUCAGAAAGAUGAAAAAAUGUUGAUCUCGAGUUUAUGCCGAACAAGAGCUUAGAUUUUUUUAUUUUUGAUCAAAUGAGAAGCAAUUUUCUUGACUGGCCUACGCGCGUCCAUAUUAUUGGAGGAAUUGCUAAAGGGCUUCUCUAUCUUCAUCAAGACUCAAGACUAAGAAUUAUCCAUAGAGAUCUCAUAGCAAGCAAUGUGUUAUUAGAUAAGGACAUGAACCCCAAAAUUUCAGACUUUGGUAUGGCUAGAAUUUUUGGAGGGGACCAAACAGAGGCAAAUACAAAUAGAGUAGCAGGAACAUAUGAUUAUAUGGCUCCAGAGUAUGCAGUGGAUGGGCUUUUCUCAAUGAAAUCAGAUAUCUUUAGCUUUGGUGUAUUAGUGUUGGAGAUAGUAAGUGGGAAGAAAAAUAGAGGAUUUUCUCACCCAGAUCACAGCCACAAUCUUCUUGGACAUGCAUGGAAGCUGUGGAUGGAAGAGAGGUCAUUGGAACUAGUGGAUAAUAUGUUAGAUUCUUUUGCCAAAUCCGAAGUGUUAAGAUGCAUUAACGUGGGGCUGUUAUGUGUUCAACAAAGGCCGGAAGACAGGCCGAACAUGUCAUCUGUCGUCGUAAUGUUGGGCAGUGAAAGCUCAUCGCCUCAACCAAAGCAACCAGGCUUUUAUACAGAAAGAAAUAUGCCUGAAACAGCAUCUUCAUCGAGUAAGCAUGGAUCAACAUCAGUAAAUGAAAUGAGUACCUCAUUGCUAGAGCCACGGUAAAAGAUUACCACUCAGGUCUCAACACUCAAAAUGCAGCUAUAUUUCUAAUCAUGAUCCAAUAUGUAAUAUUUGAUAUAAAGAAUAAGUUAAGCUAUAGGAAUGGCGAAGUCUCAUUUGCUUUUCCUCAUUGACUAUAGUAUGUUGUAACUUGUGAGUACCAGAGUAGUUUGAUAUGUGCAAUACAAAUGCUAGUGUACUUUGUGUCAAUAACUGUAUUUUAUUGUAUUAUGCUAGUGAGGAGGGCAAAGUGUAAUAGUAAUAAUGAAU